GACCACCAGGUCUGGCCACCAUAUAUAAAGCUUAGAAUGAUGUAAUGUAUAUGUUGUUUUUUUUAUUGUUAUGCAUUUUUGUAAAAUGUGUAAACUUGAUUCAUCUGCAUCCAUGCAAAGUUAAGUAUUAAAGCAGAAAUUAAUUUGUCUGUAAAAUCUGCGCGCCGUAACCACAGUGUUUGUCCUGCAGAUGUCGCCCUUCAGCAAUUAAUAAACAGCGCCCAGCAACAGUCACCGUCUCACGACGCAUUUAGUCUAUCAAUACAACUAAAAUGAUGCAACGUCUGUCACGUUAAAUUCCCAUUUAAUUAAAAAAAAUAUAUACUAAUUUUGUAACCAAUUCAUAUAGUCUGUGUUUCAUUACUGUGGUGCUCAUGCGCUCUGUGUUUGUCAUAACGCUGCAAUGCCCGGUCUCCUCCCUUUAUUAAUAGACAGUGCCCUCUCGCAGCCAAAUGCCCGCAGGACCUGUUGCCGUGGUAAAUAUGGCUGAUUGGAUGGUCGGUGGGCUGCUCUUUUUCUGCUCUGACCCCCGCCUGGUUGCUUUUUGGGGCAAAAUGGUGAAUGUGACCUGAAUGCGGCAGUCGGAUUUCAGCGUUAAAUGAAUUGCUGAUCGUCAGGGCAUCGAUUCCUUUAGAGCUUCUUUUGCAGCGCUGUUUAUCGCCUCUAAGUCUGCGGUCUGCAGCCGCCUGUGCCUCUGCGUGCGCUGCUGUACACGGAAAAAGCUCUGUGCUCCUGGCUUCUAAUGCAGUCGUGUUAUAAUCCACCGACGAUGUGCUCGAACAUUUGAGCAUCUGACGGUGGGAUUAGGACAGAAUUCUUGUUGGCCAGUCGCCGUAUGCAGCUUGAUCUUGGUCACAUUAUUGGCCCUCUCAUUUGCAUUUGCACGAAAGAUCCUCAGAAGAGUACAUAUAGAAAGCUUUUUGGGACGGUGUGUGUGUGUGUGUGUGUGUGUGUAUGUAAGUGCGCGCCCGCGCGCGCGCGUGUGCAGUGAGCAGUAGAGGGGACGCGCUUGUUGCAUCGCCCCGCUGCACGUCUUGCGUGUGUCGUCGCCCUUUGGAGACCAAUUUGAGCGUAAAAUCCACCAGCGGACACCACGACAGGCCAUUUAGGAUAAAUUCGGUUCUUUGUGUGCAUUGAAACCAAAUCAUUUCUAAAGAAUCCAAGUUUUUUUUUUUUCAUCAGUGACAGAAUGCCCACCCGGGCGAUGACAUUUCAGUGGACACAGAAAGACUAGCGGCGUCUUGCGGAAUCUGCGCUCUCGCGAGGAGCGUAAUUUAUGAACACACACCGGCGCUGGGGGACUGCGCUGAAGGAGAAUGCAGCAACGAGUCUUUUUCCGCCCCGCGCCGAUGCCCGGGGCUGUUUCCGGUUCCUGAGCGUCCCGCGGUCCCCCGUCACGAAACCGCGCGGGGAAAGCGGCGCCCACAGAUGGCAUGGGCACAGCCUGCGCAAGGUCUGCCGCUCUGCCCCGCCACCGGAGCCCGCCCGCCAUACCCCUCUGCCGCUGUAACCCUACUCCGUUGUCCUACUCGUCCCGCGUACGCCCCGAAACCACUGCACCUGCACCUGCACCACCGCGGCCGGCCGCCCCUGAGCCACAGCCGACGGCAUGAGGAGGCUUGAUGCGGUGCACUUCUCCAUGCUGCUCGUCGGGGUCUCCUUUGCGUGCUACGCCCCGAGCUUGGAUUCCCUGCAGGAGCAGGCGUACCGAUCGGCCGUGGUGAUCGAGGGCGAGGUCCAAGAGCUGCCCGCCAACGCCUCCACCGAAACGUACACCGUGAGCGUCCGAGUCGUGGACGUGUGGCCGACCAACAGCGGCGGACUUACGCGCCAGCAGCUCGUCACCGUUGGCGACUUUGGCUCUGAGGCUCCGUGCGUCGCAGUGGAGAAGGACCACAGAUACAUAUUUUUCAUGGACCCCACAGAGGAGCCACUGGUGUUCAGGGCAUCUUUUGCUCCUCGUGAAACCGUUGAGAAAAAUCUCAAAAAAGAUGUGGACCGCAUUCUUUGUGAGGACUGCGCAUUAGCUCCGAAGGUGAAGCCCAUGCGUUCUCAGUGGGUGUGGGAGGGUGAGCGUGUGACCUUAAAGUGUGAGGUGCAGGGCAACCCGAGCCCAUCCUUUCGCUGGCUGAAAGAUGGAGGUGAUCUCCGCAAGAACAAAGAUGUCAAAAUCAAAACCAACAAGAAAAACUCAAAGGUCCAGUUUAGCCGAGUGAGACUGGAGGAUUCCGGAAACUACACCUGCGUGGCUGAAAACCCGCUGGGCAAGGGUAACUCCACCAGCUACAUCAACGUCCAAAGCAUAACUACCACGCUGUCUCCGGGCUCCAGCCAUGCCAGAAAGUGCAAUGAGACGGAAAAGGCCUACUGUGUCAAUGGUGGUGACUGUUAUUUCAUACACGGUAUAAACCAGCUGUCCUGCAAGUGUCCAAAUGACUAUACUGGUGAUCGCUGUCAAACCUCCGUUAUGGCCAGUUUCUACAAGCAUCUGGGAAUUGAAAUAAUGGAGGCAGAGGAACUGUACCAGAAGCGGGUACUGACAAUAACAGGCAUUUGCGUGGCUCUGCUGGUGGUUGGCAUCGUGUGUGUCCUUGCAUACUGCAAAACCAAGAAACAGAGGAAGAAGAUGCAAAGCCAUCUGCACCAGAACAUGUGUUUAGAACACCCCAAUCGUAUGCUGGCCAACGGGCCCAACCACCCAGGGCCUGGUCCCAGCCCAGAGGAGAUCCCUAUGGUCGAUUAUAUCUCUAAGAACGCCCCAGCCACCGAGCGAGUGAUACGACAUGGAACAGAGACAUCAGGCAACUUCUCGGGCAGCCGGAUGUCUUCACGGUCUCACCACUCCUCUACUGCCACCCACGCUUCCAGUCACCGGCAUGAGGAGAGGACAUGGAGUAUGGAGAGAUCAGACAGCAUGAACUCGGACUGCCACUCGGGGGCACUCUCUUCCUCAGUGGGCACCAGUAAAUGCAGCAGUCCAGCAUGUAUGGCUCGGCAUGCAGCAUACUGUGGCUAUUCCGAGCCUGCACGGAGCCCCCUGCAGUACGGAGACUCAUUCGACUCUCUGCGGGACUCACCUCACAGUGACAGGUACGUGUCAGCGCUCACCACGCCGGCCCGUUUGUCUCCAGUGGACUUCCACUCUUCCUCACUGCCCCAGCAGGUGCCUACCUUUCAGAUCACGACACCCAAUGCCAGCCAUGCACUGUCCCUACCACCGGCAGCAGGUUCCUAUUCACCCGGUGACGAUCAGCCGCUCCUACGCCGGCCACGACGUGCAUGCAACCCAUACCACAGUGAGGGGACUGGAUCUCUCCCGUCCAGCCCAUACCGGCUCGCAGAUGAUGAGGACUACGAGACAACACAGGAGUACAUGUCGUCACGUGAGAGGCCCAAAAAGAGUGGCAGCGGGCGACGCUGGCACAGGAGGUCACGCUUCAAUGGACACGUUUCCCAGCGUGCCAAAGUGCCAAAGGACUACAGCUCGCAGAGUUGCCUGUCAGACAGCGAAUGGGAGGAGGAGGAGGAGGAGGAGAUGGGAGAGCUGGGGCAUGGUGAAAGCACGCCUUUCCUCAGCAUGCAGAACAUGAGCAUGAACAACGAGCCGGCCACUAUCUACCGGCCCAAUGACAUGCGGACGUACAGCAGUACAGCACGCAGCACGUCACGCUCAAACACUCACACAAACAAACUGUCACAGUCACGGUCCAAACCAGACAAUGCACCCCUUUAAACCAAGAGCAGUGACGAGGACAGUAAAACAACAUAUCUAGGAGAGAGAGAGAAAAAAUGAUAUAUGCUAUAGACCUGCACCUAUAAGAAAUAUUUUUUAUUUUAUAUAACAGACAGAUAUUCUAAACAAAGGAAAUAUUUAUUUUCAUUUCAGCAAAAAUUGUCUACUAGCUAGCAGCAAAGACUUUUUUAUAGGGGGGAAAACUAUUUAUAUGUAAUUUCUGUUCUUUGGUUUACAGCAUUAUGAAGAAGAAUCACGUGCCAAUUUUUUCACAACUUAGAAAUAGAAUAAUAUUGUGGUGCCUUUUGCUGUAUGCCGAUGAGGGAGGUUCCGUUAAGUUUUUUUUGUAGCCUUUCUUAAAAUGGACUCCUGGGUUUUAUAUAGACAUGUUUUUUUUCUUGGUUUCUUUUUGGUUUGUUUGUUCAGGAUCUCCCCAUUUGAACUGUGAUCUAAUUCUGACAUCAUGCAAUAUGGGAAUCACUUUUAUGUAAGAUGUUUGUUUACAUGAGUAGGGGUUCACAAACUGGUCAUUUCCCCAAGGCAUUUAUACAAUCACCAUGGGCACGCUGUUUUCUGUUUAAAACAGGAAAUUGUGUGUUUGUGUAGACAUUUUAAUGGUUUUCUUUUUUCCCCCCACUGGUUUAUCAUAUGUUGUUUGCAGGUCUGCAGGUGUUCAUAGGGCAUUGUACUAGGUCAUGGUACCUGCCCCGGCGUUCAGGGUUUUCAAAAUGGCAGUGUAUGUACGUCCAAUGAAUGUGUUUACUCUACUGUAUGUAAGAGAAGGGGUCUGUGUAUGUAUUUGUGUGUGUGUGUGUAUGUGUCUCGGAGUGGUGUCUGUGUGUGCAUGUGAAUUUUAGACUAGUCAGCCUGUAUUUGUUUGGUUUUUGUCUGUAUGCACCUGCGUGUUGUGUGUUCGAGUGUAACAGGCACUAGUCUAAAGGUUUGGGUGUGUGCUUGUGUCUAAGUGCAAUCUCUCUGAUGGGUUUUGUCAUAGGGGAGCACUGACACUCUGUUUCCAUUAUGUUGGCUUUAAAAAAAACUGGAGAAAGACACACUGGUGACUUUGCCACUACCCGGUGGCGAAACGAGCUCAUUGCACUGUUCCCUUCCUUCCAUGUGUAGUGUUUGGCAACGGUGCCACCUGCAGAUGAACCAAUCCAGCCUGAUUCUAGCCUACGUGGGCUGUCAUAUCCUGUUAGUUCACACGCCCCGUUCCUAUGCCAGCAGCUUAAAGCCGCUAUGUGUCUCAGGACUUCCCAUUCAAAAAAACCCACGAUUCAUGAGCACUUCUCACACUUAGAUCUGAUCUGCAGUUCUGAUCUCUGAGAAUGAUACCACUGGCUAUUUUUGCUCAUUUGUGAAACCUGUAGAAAGUCUUUGAUGGCCUGACAUUUUAGGUGUUUUUUUUCCCUGCUGCCCCCACACCCUUCUCUCUGAUUGGUGUUUGUCUGUAUGCAAGCUGGGGGCUUGCUGUUAGCAUUGCUGGCCUGGGCAUGCUACUUUAGACAAACAGAUUGUGAAAUAACCUAUUUUUUUGUUUGUUUUCGGACUUAACCAAAAUCUUAACACGCUAUCCAGAAAAUCGACACCUCUCCCCCAAAUACCCUAUCCACACACAAACACACCCACAUAAACACCUGGAUCCACAUAACAUACACUGUGUCCUCACAUCCAAAUACACUCCCACACACUCAUUCAAAGCUUCUCCUGACUCACUGAUUUCUCUUUCUCUCUCUCUCUCUCUCUCUCUCUCUCUCUCUCUCUCUUUCUUUCUUUUUUCCCCUCUCCUUUACUCUCUCCUCUUGUUCUGUUCUUCCUCUGUCUGCCUGUUAAGCCUUCCCUUUUUCUGCAUGUCCUAGUGGUUCUGGUAGAUGGGUGCAUGGUAAACGCAUCAACUGAGUUGUCUUCAUGCGGUGAAAGUGUACUUUUCAUUUUGACAUCCAGCAAUAAAUCCCCCUUUUUUUCAUGCCCAUUCUUGACUUGGAAUAUGCUAGAAAUUUUUGCAAGUUUUCUCAGAAAAUAGUACUUGUACAAAAAUCAAACCACUUGUUCAUAUGGAAAAAAUAAAUCUUUAUUCCUACCAUUUUGGAAAAAAAACCAAAACACUUAUUUGUCAUUUUUAUGUAAUGUGUGUUCUUUUUUUAUUAUUUGAAAUGUCCAUGACUUCAGCACUGCUAAUAUUUUUUUCCUGGGAGACUUUGUUUGUUUUAAAGUGAGGUGUCUCAGAAUUUCUUUCUGCAAGCACUAUAAGCAAGGUAAGUACUUCACUAAUUCUGA